CUGAGGGGUGAGGAGACCGCCGGGGGGAGAGACGGGGCGCGGGGAGGAGGGGGGACGUUCGGAGGGUCAUUUAUCAUUCAUAUCAUCUUCGCUCCACUUCGCUCGCCGCAUCGCCGAGCGUAUCUUGACACCCCGCAGGAAGCGGGGAGGUGGCUGGUGGCUGGUGGCUGGUGGCAUACUUCAUUACUCGCAGAUCAAACAAUCGCCGACAACGCCGCCAUCUUGCCGGAAGACACGUCACCGACGAUCACUUUGAUCCUGCACAAAAAUAACGCUCUAAUUCAUACCCUCCCAGCCUCCAGGUGUCCUGCAGAGGGCGUCGGGUUUCAAUACGACUUAAAAGGAGUGUACCUGCACUCCGUACCUAACUACUGCGACUCUACCGCAGCUGUUCAGAGACUGAGUCGAGAAGGUGCAGCAACCGUCGGCAAACAAAAUUGUGAUUUGCAUGAGGCGGCCGCGGCGAGGCGUACGGUCGCCUCGCUCGCCACGCGAUUAAAAAUGCAGGGUAGCGCGGGCGGCGGGUGGCGGGGGGGCGGACCUCCGCGCCGUACGGUCCCGCGCCCGCUAUCACGCCGCGCACCGCCGCGAGUCCAUCUGUACGCGCCGCAGGAAGACGACAUGCUGACGAUGGAGACGGACCUCAAGGGCGGCAGCCUGCACGCCACCGUGCCGCCGCACCACGCGCUGCAGCACGGCUACGGCUCGCUGGGCGCGCUCGGCGGCAUGAUGGCGCUGCCGCAGCAGCAGCCGCUGGCCCAGCACCAGCCGCUGCAGCACCACCAGCACCAGCCGCUGCCCCAGCACCACGCGCAGCCCCAGCCACAACACCAUCAACCCCCAAACAACAACAACAACAACUCCAGCAAGAACUCCAACGCGGAGAGGGUGAAGCGUCCCAUGAACGCUUUCAUGGUGUGGUCGCGCGGGCAACGCAGGAAGAUGGCCUCCGAUAAUCCUAAGAUGCACAACUCAGAAAUAUCUAAACGUUUGGGAGCACAGUGGAAAGACCUCUCGGAGUCAGAGAAGAGACCGUUCAUCGACGAGGCGAAGAGGCUUCGGGCCGUUCACAUGAAAGAACACCCGGACUACAAGUACAGGCCCCGGAGGAAAACGAAGACGCUCGCCAAGAAACAGGAGAAGUACCCGCUGGGAGGCGGCGCGCUGCUGGGCGCCGGGGACGGGCAGCGCACGAACGCGCCGACGGCACAGCAGCCGCGGGACGUGUACCAGAUGACGCCGAACGGGUACAUGCCCAACGGGUACAUGAUGCACGACCCCAGCGCCUACCAGCAGCAGGCGUACGGCUACCCGCGCUACGACGUGUCCCAGAUGCAGCAGCAGUACAGCGGCGGGUACUACGGCGGCGGGCAGGGCUCGCCGUACCUGCCCCAGCCGCCGUCUCCCUCCGCGUACGGGCUGGGCCCCGGCUCGCCCGGAGGGUACGCGAUGCCCGCCUCGUGCGCCUCUCACUCGCCCAGCGGCUCGUCGGCCAAGUCGGAGCCGGUGUCCCCGGGCCCGCCGGGCAUGAAGCGCGAGUACGUGCACGAGCCGCAGCUGAAGCGCGAGUUCGCGCACGCGCACGGCGGCCAGAGUCACCCGCACGAGCAGCUGGGCAUGAAGCGCGAGUACGGCCAGCAGGACCUCAGCCACAUCAUCAACAUGUACCACGUGCCGGACGAGCAGCGGUACGCGGCGGCCGGCGAGCGCGCCAUGCCGCUCAUCUGA